CACUACUCUCAAACAAAACAAACAUUCUACAAAUUCCCAUAAAGCAAAGAUGCUCCUACGUAUAGAAUCUAACCACUUGCUCUCUCUCUCUCUCCUCUCUUAUAUGAAUGGACAUGACCGGCACCUCACAUCACCCAAAUCCAGCGUCAAACUCAUUAGACCCAGACCCACUAGGACCAGACCAUCGAACCCUCGCUCCUGAGCCCACCAUGGCGGUGGUGACGGCCAAGGACUCGGUGCUUGUCACCCCAUCCGAGCCCACACCGAGCGAAGUGCUCGCUCUCUCCACCAUUGACUCGCAACGCUUCCUCCGCUUCACCAUCGAAUACAUCCUUGUCUACAGAGAUGGCGACCAGGAGCUCCUCCACCGCAUGCGCGCCGCACUGGGCCGCGCCCUCGUCCCAUACUACCCUUUGGCUGGCCGGCUUAGAGAGAGAAACCGGAAUCACGGUGGCGGCGGUGGCCUCGAAGUGGUGUGCAACGCUCAGGGUGCCCUCUUCAUUGAGGCCACAUCCACCUUCUCACUGCAUGAAAUGCUGAAAACACCGAAACACUGUAAGCAAUGGCGGGGAUUCUUACCAGAAAUUAAAGAAAAUGAGUUCAUAAGGGCACCGCCGCUCAUCGUUCAGGCCACCAGGCUUGUGCACAGCCGCGGCCUAGUCGUAUGCGUCGGGUUCAGCCACUGUUUGUGCGACGGGAUCGGGAGCUGCCAAUUUCUCAAGUAUUGGGCUGACUUGACGAGCGGUCGCCCAGAGCUACAGCCCCAGGUCUGGGCACGGCACCUCCUGAAGCACCACUGGCUGCCACCGUCACCACGGACAAUGAGUCCGGAGUUUGAGCGGGUUGUGGACAUGUGCGGCCUCAAUGCGAGGCUCGACAACAAAGACAGGCUGGUGCCAAGCAUGGUUACCUUUGACAGGAUGCACCUCGAUGAGCUGAAGCGUUCGGCAGGGCGUGGGAUUACUGCAUUUGAGGCGCUCGCUGCACACGUCUGGCAAUCGUGGGUGCGGGCGCUCGAGCUUCCCGAAAGGCAAACCGUAAAGCUUCUCUUCAGCGUGAAUGUCAGAGAGAAAAUGGUGCCACCGUUGCCCAAAGGCUACUGGGGCAAUGCCUUCGUGCUCGCGUGUGCGCAGUCGGGAGCCAAGGAUGUGAGAGAGAAGGGAACGGCAUGGGCAGCGAGGGCGAUUCGGAGGGCGAAAGAGAGAGUGGGGGAUGAGUACGUGAGGUCGGUGGUGGGUGUUUUGGGGGAGGAGGAGGGGCUGAGGCCUGAUAUGGGGGGAGUGAUGGUGGUGUCGCAGUGGUCGAGGAUGGGGCUGGAGGAGGUUGAUUUUGGGAAGGGGUUAGCGGUGGUGGUGGGGGCGGUGUGCGCCGACGUUUAUUGCUAUUUUCUGCCGGUGGUUGGACGGCCGGGGGCGGUGUGCGUGGCGGUGGCAUUGCCCGGGGAUGCUGUCGCCAAGUAUGACUACUACUUGAGGAGCCCCUCCCUUUGCUGACACCCACAAAUUCUCCCUCUCUCUUUCUCUCUCUCUCUUCUUCCCCCCUCUCUCUCUCUCACUCAGUAGUCGUCCUACCUCCGUAUUGUGCCAUGUCCUCUCUAUGUCGGCUUGAUUUAGUAUAAAUAAAAUAGAUAUUUAUAUAUCAAAUAUAUAUUAAUAAUAAAAAUAAAUAA